AGGGGGAACAUUCUGUCAACUAUUUCCUACUUCGUACACAUCUGAGGCGAAAGCAGAGAGUAACUUUCCUCUUUUACACUUUACGGAUUCCACUUAAGUUGGGGGUCUUGUGGAUCACUGUUUAUCGUUCGUCUUUUCCGUCGUGUGACAUCAGCCCGUGAGGCCUCCCGACUGACCAGCUGCUUCGGCGUCGCGUGGUGGUCCUCCAGACGCAGCGAUGCCUCUCGCUCUGUGGUGGUUGUGCGCAGCGUGCGCGUGCGUCGUGACAGCAACCACAACGCCUCCCCCUCAAGCCCCUUCACCUCCCCCUCAGCCCCCUGCGCCGAACCCCCAACCCCCUGCGCCUCCCCCUCAGCCCCCUGCGUCGAACCCCGCCAACCUGACCCUCCGCAAGUGCCUCUGCGGCGGCGGGCAGGCGUGGGACGGCGCACAGUGCGUGGGCACAGAGGAGACCCCCGUGGCCGUGCUGGACCACCUGAGCGGCAGGAUGCUCGUCUUCGACAGCAGCAGCUUCGGCCAGGUGACCACGGGGCCGAUCACGUGCCCUGACCUGCGGGAGCCGGCGGUGCUGAGGGCCGAGGACCGCGUCGUCAUGACCACGACCGGCAGGGCAUUCUGGCUGGACCAAAGGGAGCUGUUCGUGGAGUUCUGCGUCGAGCACACGCCCAAGCUGGAGUUCAGGGUGUGCCUUCAUGCGCCGCCCAUUCCUCGCUGCUGCCGGCCGGGUUACGUGCUCGAGAAGGACGGCUCCUGCUCGCCGCGCGACGCCGUCGAGUUCAAGCCCCCCGUGUACCUGCGGGCCACGGGCGAGCCGCUGCACUUCCCCGACACGAACGCCGUCGACGCCGUCGAGGAGGUGACCUGCGAGGGCCUCGCCGUGCCGCACCGCGUUGACCUCUCUGGCGGCAGCGACAUCCUUCUCUACAACCUCAACAAGGCGGCGCUGGCGUGGCUCCCGCCCUCGGAGUACGCCCGCGCGUCGGAGGUCACCACGUCGUACUGCGUCGGCCUGGAGGCAGGGAGGUCCAUCAGCGAGGAGAAGUACGUGGCCGUGGUGUGCUACACGGACCUGGCGAAGGUCCACCGCCUCAUCUGUGCCAACGGGACCUGCGUCAGGAAAUGCUGCUCCGCCGACGAGAUCUUCACUCCGCACGCCUGCCUCAAGGCGGCGUCAGCGAAGGAAAUAUGGCAGCCGAGUCUGCACUUCAACGAGAGCCUAACUCCAGAGGAGGAGAUCAGCGACGACCUGAUCGUGGUGAGCGGCCUGCCGCUGUGCAAGCACAUCUUCGACCUCAAGCCAGACAAGAACGAAAACGACAAGCACUUCCUGCUGGGGAACGGCAGCCUCCACGUGCCCGCGCAGGGAAUGUACCACGCCGACAAAUACUGUCUCGACCUGCAGCUGACCAGCCACGGCGAGGAGCUGAUCACCAUCCUGUGCGCGCCGACCCAGGAGAACGAGUGCGAGUGGAAGAACGUCCUCAUCCUGGUGCUUCUGUGCAUCUCGUGCGUGUUCCUCUUCGCCACCUUGGUCGUGUACGUCAGCGUCGCGGAGCUGCGGGACAGAACCAACGGCCGCUGCCUCAUCUCCAUGGUGGCCGCCAUGCUCGCCACCUACGUCAGCAUCGCCGUCAACCGAGAGUCACGCGACGCCUCCGACGGCGAGUGCCUCACCAUGGGUUUUAUCGGACAUGUCUGUUCCCUCGCCACUUUCUUUUGGCUGAAUGUCAUGUGUUUUGACAUGUGGUCAACGCUGAGGUCAUCGAAGCAGAAAUACCAAAGUCUGAAGGUAUUCGUCUUCUACAGCAUCUAUGCCUGGGGCUCUCCUCUCCUCAUUGGCUUCGUGGGCCUCAUCUUAGACCUCGUGGAACCCCCUAAUGUUAUAAGGCCAAAUUUUGUGACCAUGUCUUCCUGUUGGUUCCAUGGUGAAGCCGAGUUCUGGACCUAUUUCUCAGGCAUCAUCCUGGUUCUUGUGGUGAUCAACUUGUUCUUCUUCAUCCACGUGGCCAUCACACUCGCCAGGAAGCUGAAGCAGAGACAGACGCUCUUUGACAGCAAUGAAAGUCGGUCCAGCAACGCUAACAAGAAGAACAAAGAACAAGUCUGGUUGUUUGUGCGCCUCUUCAUUGUGAUGGGCGUGGUGUGGGUGGCCGAGAUAGUGUCUGCACUGCACAGAGGAUCUUGUAGUUAUUGGGUUCUCACUGAUAUACUGAACAGUCUCCAAGGUGUGUUCAUCUUUGCGGUGGCCGUCUGUAAUAAGGACAAUAUUAAAAAGAUCAAGCAUUCUUGGAAAUCCCGCUACACUACGGUAAGGAGCAAAGUAGGCACCCUCAGGGGCACCCGGCCCUCCGAGACGACAAACCGAGCCAAGCGCUUCACGGACCUCAGUGUCGCCGCUUCCGAAGCCUCCAGGAAGACCUCGGUCACCUCUCUCCCUCGCAAGAUUUCCACGGCUUCCAACGCUGUCCUCCCGGCUUCAAAUGCCAAUAGCAAGGGUAACCGAUUGACUGACCAGAGCUUGUCCUCUGAGGCAGCCGCCGCGCCUAGGAAAAUAUCGACUGCUUCGAACCUCGAGAUGAUACCUAUGAGCUCGAUGGAAGAGUAGUGUCCAGUCUACUUCCAGCUUUUUUCCUCUGUAUAUAUAUUUCAUCCUGAUUUCUCAUUUUUCAAAUAUGGAAGUAUUGUUCAGUGAAUUUAGACCUGUUUUAUUUCUCAGAUUAAAAUUCUGAAUGUAGAAGUAAAUUAAGUUGUUGACAAGAAUAUGAAUAAUAUUCCCUUUCUUAGGAUAACAGCCAUCCUUGUCAUAGGAACAUUAAGUAAUCUAUUGUAAUAACAGUCACGUGAUCUUCUUGUGCGGUUGAGUAGGCCUAUGGUGAGAGAGACGAUGUGAUCUACUUAUUUUUAUUUUUUAUUUUUUGGCCUUGGAAUUAAUAACUUGAAAACAGUUUGAAUUGUGUGUGAAAGAAACGCCAGGACCUCAUCCAGUUAAGACAACGGGUGUUUGAAUUAUACAGUAUUAACCACGAGAAUCCUAUUUUUCACAUUCUACCCGAUAAGUGAAAACUAUUCCCGCUGUGCUUUCAUAUCCAGUACAUUGUGUUCAAGCAUUUUUAACUUAUUGCAGGGUCGUAUUAGCGUUCAGAAAUGUUUAUAUAUUUCUCUGACUAAUAUCUAUAUUGUUGUUGUGGCUAUGUAUUCAAUAUUUUCAAAAUUCUGCCGUUAUAAUAACGUACCUUAAUUUUGUAUGAUUGUACUUAACUUUAUAGGAUUGUACUUUCUGUAUUCACAAUACAUUUUUAUUUAUUUUUAGACAAAAUUAUUAAGAGCUCGAUCUUGCCAUUUAUAUAUUCUGAACAUGUCUUCAAAGGAUGGUUAAGAUUUUACAUUGCACUGUAAUUAUCAUCAUUUUUGUAUAUAUAUAUUUUUUCCUUUUGCUGAAGUUUAGUUGUAUGUUAUAAAAGUUCCUGAAUGUGAAUUUGUGUGAGAAAAUAGAUAUAUUCAUAGAAUAGGGAUUAGAUAUAAACAUGACAGUUGAACAUGGAAAUAUGAAUGACAGUUUAUAUGCAUGAAGAUACUGGUUUUGUGUCGAAACCCUAAACAACAAAAUUUAUUACAAAUAAGUCUAUUUCUGUAAUUGUAGGGUAAUGUAUAAUAUAUGUCAUUCCUCUUUCACAGUGAUAGAAAAUUGAGUAUAGUGUUCAAAAAUAGAUUUUUCUACGGUAUAAGAAAAUGUUAUAAAGUUACUUAGCUGUGCCAAGAUUUAUUUUUUAUUAUUUUUUUUUUUUUUAUAUAGCUGUAAUUUUGCUUAAAUGUGUGUGAGAUCGAGAAAUUGGUGCUGCCUGUAAUUAAAAGGAUAUUUAAGGUUAAUUGCAGUACUGUACAAGGCUAGUAUUUACAUCAAUGUUGAAUAAUGAAAAAUGUUGCUCUUACACAACACACCUGCCGUAAUUUUAAGCAUCGAUUCUAAAAUACUAAAAUCUAUAUAUGAAUCGUAUUUAAGGGGGGACCAUUGAGAAAAA